AUGACGAGAACGCUUGGAAACACUGAAAAGCGAUUUUCCAUUGACGAUGCAUUCGAAGAAGAAACUGAUGAAGCCAUCAAAGUGUAUGGUGCUACCGUUGAUAGGUCUCCGAUACAAAACAAAUUUAAGAAUGGAGGCGAUUUUAUUUCAAGUAAAACCUAUAAAUAUACUGAAGAUACAACAUCUCGAGACUCUGAUUCACUCAUACAUGAAUAUGUAGAAGCUUCACAAUCUCUAUAUUGCUGGAAUCACCCAAAGGUCCGGGAAAAUUGGAAAACAGUAUGUGCUGCUGUAAUACUACUUAUAGUUGGAGUUGGUUUACUUGGCAUGUGUGCCUUUGCUGUAGCUGAACCGGAGAAUGGUCUACAAGGUGCUGUGUUUUUUGUAGCUGGCAUGAUUUGCUUUGUCCCUGGAGCUUAUCAUGUAGUUUACAUUUGGCUUGCUGCAAGAGGACAAAGAGGGUAUGAUUUCUACCACCUGCCUUUAUUUACUUGA